AUGUGUUUUAAAUAAUUCUUAUUUACAUUACUUUUGGUGGUUACCUUUGGCAUUAACACAGAUUAUGACUGUAUCUCAAAUAGACAAUGCUCAAAUGAGAUGCAGCAUAUACUAUCGCAAGUAUUGAGUUGGAUAUUACAUAGGAAGGAGAAAGCCAAGUGGUAUUGUUCUAUUGUAUGAGAAAUGCAAGAAUUUCAUCUUAAUUAUUGAAUGUUAGGCAAUUCAUUGAGUGUCUGAGAGGGAAGCAAACAGAACAAAUUUAAAUUCUGAUAAGAUGUGCAGAUGAGAAUUGUUUGUGA